UCUCUGUGCUGUGGUCUCUCAGCUCUGAUUUGACCAUGAAGAGCCGGUAACACGACACUGAGAGAGAAGCACACUGAGCUGCCAGUCAGUCUGAGGAAGGAAUGACAAGCUGUGGAGCCCUGGACAGAUUCAGAGAAGAUGCUUGUUCAGGGAUGAGAAAAGCCUUAUCGCAGGUCUCGGUUCCGAGCAGAAGUUGUGGCUUUCUUCGGAGGUGUGUGUCGUCUUGCUCAUGCAAUAGCAGUAUCAUGGCAGCCUUCAAGGGUGUGUGGACUCAGGAAUUCUGGCGAGCGGUUUCGGGGGAGUUUUUAGCCAUGAUGAUAUUUGUACUGCUCAGUUUGGGAUCCACUAUCAACUGGGCAGCAACACAGGAGAACCCUCCGCCUGCCGACCUCGUCCUCAUCUCUCUCUGCUUUGGUUUAUCCAUCGCAACCCUGGUCCAGUGUUUUGGGCACAUCAGCGGUGCCCACAUUAACCCGGCCGUCACUGCGGCGAUGGUUGCUACACGGAAGCUGAGUCUGGCAAAGGGUGUGUUUUAUUUGUUGGCACAGUGUCUGGGGGCAGUGGUGGGGGCGGCUAUCUUGUACGGAGUGACACCAGCAUCAGUGAGAGGAGGAAUGGGAGUGACUUCUGUCAAUGCUGAAAUCUCCACCGGUCAUGCAAUUGUGAUAGAGCUCAUAAUCACUUUUGAGCUCGUCUUCACUGUCUUUGCCACCUGUGACCCCAAACGCAGUGAUCUCAAAGGUUCAGCAGCCCUGGCUAUUGGACUGUCAGUGUGCAUCGGCCAUCUGUUUGCUAUCCCGUACACUGGAGCCAGUAUGAACCCAGCUCGCUCUUUUGGGCCUGCUGUCAUCAUGGCAAAAUGGCAGGACCAUUGGGUGUACUGGGUGGGCCCUUUAAUAGGGGGCAUCCUGGCUGCAGCUGUGUACGAAUAUCUAUUCUGUCCCGACCCUGACCUGAAGCGCCGCUAUGCUGACAUCCUCUCCAAGAGCCCCUUCCAAAUCGACCCGUAUCGAGUGGUGGACACAGACUCGUACCCCAGCGAUCAAGCUCAGCUCAUGGCCAAGCAGGCAGCAAUCAGAGUGCUGGACCGGGAGAGGACACAGAAGAAGGAGAGGGAGUCUGCUGGAGAGGUGCUGUCGUCCGUAUGACUAGUGAGAGGCACUGAGGAGGAACAGCACAACACUUACAGCAUUAAUGAGCUCAAAGAGACAGAUCUGAUCUAGAGUCACACUGUGUGUUUGUGCACAGAUCCUCUACAGAAUGACUCACAACACUUGACUUUAAUCAUUAAGAACGAGCUACGAACCGCCUAAUGGUCUCGCUUAAAACGCUCUUCCUUGUAAGCCAGUCACAGGCCAUAGAUCUCAUAUCCGAUAGAAUCCACUUUGAAGAUUUUAGUCAGUCACUGAACAUCCUUUAGCAGAUGCACCUCAUCAACUACUGAAUCGAUAACUAAAUGGGAUUCUCACAUCUACGCAAAUGUUACGCUUUUGUUUGGUCUUCGGGUUAUUACCUGGCAGUCAGGGUUGAGAUUAGAUCAUCACCAUAAUAAUGCAGAUCAUUUUCCUUCUCAGUGCACUCUCUAUGAAUUAACCCCUUCUGUCCCCAUCUUCUCCCUUUUAAAUCUAAUGUUGCUUAGAGUAUUUUUAUAGCUUUUUUUUCUUUAAGGUUAUGAAUGUUGUAUCUUUCGAUGCUGCUGUCAGAAAUCUAUUCAAAUGCAAUCCCUGAAUGAGUUUUAUUUUCUGUUUGAACUGAAAAGGCAUGAUUUGUCUGCUUAUGAUUUUAGUUCUGUCUUCACCUUCUCCCUUUGAAAUCGAAUGUUGUAUUCAGUAUUUUUAUAUUUUAUGUCUGUCUUUAAGGCUA